ACUAUAGUAUUUUUUAAAUGCGUGAUUAAUAUAUACAAGGAAGGAAAUUAACAAUUGCAAUGCUGUGUUUUCCUUUUGAGUUCUUUCGUUUUGAACGUAUUGAAGAUCCAUAAAAGCUAAUUAAUAGAUCUCUGUUUUUAAAUCAUUCCAGAUUAUUAUCGGAUCAGUUGUUUCAUUUUACGAACAUACACUUACAAUGGGAAACAGUUCUGGAACGAACGCUCUGAAAGAUAGAGAUAUUAUUGAUGCCAUUGUCGACGAGAAGAACAAAUGGCACGAGACUUUAUCCGGUGCUAAGCAUCCGGACAUGAAACUUAUCAACGAUAUGUUAUUCAACACACAUAUAAGGCUACAACGUUAUGUACAGAUUCAUUCACCAUCCGUUGAAAUACAAACUGAUCCGGAUAAACAUACGAUGGAACUGGAAGAGCAAUUAGAAAAGCUAAAAACCGAUAGGGACGCGUUAAAAAUAAGGCUAAGCAAAGUUGUGGGCGAGAAGCUGAUGAAGGACAACCCUUACAUUACUGAUCUAAGUGACAAGAAUAGACCAACAAAACUAGGAGAGGUGUACACAGAAUUAUACGACAACGAAUGGACGGAUGCAUAUGAAGCGCUAACGGAAUCCGGAUACAAAGACACAGAGACUAUAGCAACUCUGUUCAAAACAUUAAAGGUAUGUUUCGAGUUCUGUCAUUCAAAGGCCGAUCAGCUCUUGGAGUCGACUGUUAAAGUUGCUGCAAACGUCCUUUUUCAAGAAUUCCACGAAGAAAUGAAAGACCAGAAGAAAUUGCGUCAGACGUUAGCAGUAGUGUCUAAGCAGGACAAUCGUUCCGAUGUUGACGUGUUGAAACAGUUUUUCUUUAAAACGUUGAACCUUCAGCGCAGGUGGAAAUCCAAAAAUUCAGACGAUACAAAGCAGUCACUUGAAGUGUUGAGCACCAUAUAUCAACCCCAAUCUUUUGAAGAAGAAAUGAAAAGAAUCCGCGAACAGAUGUCAGUAAUACUCAUUCCUGUGGUACAGAAUGCAUUUCUGAAGACUUAUUGGGACGACAAGUGUUAUCCGGUCAUGAAACCGUUCAUCUAGAAAUGCCUGUUCCUUUGCUGGAUGAUGGUCGUACAGGGGCCGCCCAUGUGCUUUGACUGGAGCACCAAAGAAGGGUCGCAGUUUGAUGCAAAUUUGUAUAAACAGUAUACAACAUCGGGAAAAGUGGUUGAGUUUGUUGUGUGGCCUACACUGUUCUUGCACAACGACGGGCCUGUUAUUGCAAAAGGCGUCGCCCAACAUAUUGUAGGAAAAACUUCUUAAUUUCAUGAUUUGUACAACACUAUCAAAUGCACAAUCGUACAUUUAUCACGGAGUGCUUUUUUAUACAAAGAGUUCCAAUGCGUGAGCUUGGAUUUCUACUGUAGAUUUGUUUCAUCUUAGGUGACUUGUACUAUUGUAUGUACACAUUAUUCUUUAUCAGCAAUAUGCGAAAUAAAACAUGUAAUCUGGACCAUAAACUAAUACCCGUGAUAAUUUAGGUAUUUAUUAUUACACCUUUAUAAUAUCUUAGCCACUUGAUUUUUGUCAAUCUAUAAUGACAAAUAAAUACUAUUCUGUAAGUAAAAUGUGGUGACAGACGUGUUGUAAUAUAUUUAUCUUAUUUAAUUAACAUUAAUAUACUAUUUUCGACACAAUUGAUGCAUAUAGUAUAUUAUCAAACUAUAUCUACACACACAUAAAUUCAUAUGAGAUGGCAUAUAAUCGCUUUUUUCAAGGUAAAGAUUUACUAAUAAACAAGUUAAUCCCAAAUAAAUAAUGGAUCAUUGUAUUAAUUUCAUCAAAUGUUUGAGAACUCAUAUUCGUAAUGUUAUAUAUAAUCGUCAAACAUGAUAUUAAUUAGUGUAAAUUCCAACACCGUUUGUCUUUUUAAAAAGAUAUUUUUGCUUAAAUUUUACUCGAUAAGGCUUAGGUAUAUCGUGUAUUAUAAUGUUUUACUUUACUGUUGUUUAUUUCCUUUAAAUUUUUACGAUAUAUAAAUAAUACGACAUAAUGGUUGGAUUCAACACUUGAUUCUCGCUUAUAUAAAUAUGCUCUACGUGCAUGACGUGUAACCUAACUCGAAUUGAUUUUGUUUUGUAUUGUGUUCAAUUCUGAAUUGUUCUACGCUUCAGUAUUUCUAAUGUGCCUUCACUUAAUAAACGUAUACAUUUAAA